CUGUGCCGAGUGUUGCUUCGGUGGGAGUCUGGCGCGCGUGAGGGGAGAAAUAAAAUGGCGGGAAGUAUGAAGGACAACCUGGAGAGCCCGGAGGAGAGGUGAGGGGCCGCUGUGUGUGAUGGCGGGAAAACCAUGACAGGGAAUGUUCCCGGAUGUGACAGGAAUGCUAUGAUGGGAUUUCCGUGUUCCGGCACAACCCGUGUGUGUGAGGACAUCGGGGGCCAAGUCCUGGCUUGUGGUCGGCGUGUUUCUCCGGAGGAAUGGACCGCCAACAUAAAGGCCAUCUGUGCUGAAACAUUGAGGAACAUCUGCUGAAAGUACAUCUAACAAGUGUCUGCUGGAGCUGCACAUGGUGGGUCGUUUUUAAUUUAAAGCCUUUCCUGUAGUUGUGACUUUCAU